AUGAACAAAAUAUUUGUGGUUAGCAACGUCAAUUUGGUUUUUGGAAGUGUAUGAAAUCAUUAUGCGAUAAAAUAAAUUCAAAAUCGCCAUGGAACUUUCUCAUAGUUUAACCCUAAACGAGGAAGCUUUGGGUCAAAUUCCUGAAGCGAAAAAACCGGUAUUUAUAUUCGAAUGGCUGAGAUAUUUGGAUAAAGUUUUAGUUGCAGCCCAAAAAAGUGAUAUAAAAGGAUGUCAAAAGCAACUGGUACAACAGCUGAUGAAUCAUAUUCAAGAAUCUCCUGGUCCUCCAACAAGAAAACUCAUUGCCCGGUGCUUAGCAACACUGUUUUCUGUUGGAGAUGCAUUUUUAUUGUUUGAUACUGUGAAUCAGUGCAACGACAUUUUAAAGAAUAAAGACGAUUCUCCAAGUUUUCUGCCAACUCGCCUCGCUGCAAUUUGUUGUGUUGGCACAAUGUAUGAAAAAUUGGGCCGCAUGAUGGGAAGAUCGUAUGAAGAAACGGUGCAGAUCUUGAUAAGAUCUUUAAGGAAUGGGGAGUCUCAGAUCCGGAUAGAGAUUAUGCUGACAUUAGAAAAAGUAUGCGCCGGGAUGGGCAAUGCAAUUUCUAAUGUUCACAAAGACAUAUAUAAGGCAGCCAGACACUGCUUGAUUGAUAGGGUUAUGGCAGUUAGAUGUGCUGCCACCCGCUGUCUGUUGGAAAUGUUAAACCAUGCACCAUUUCUUUACACUACAGAGUUGGAGAGCUUAGCUUCACUCUGUUUUAGGGCUUUUGAUGGCUCUAAUUAUGAAGUUCGGUGUGCUGUGGCCAAACUCUUAGGCACAUUAGUUGCUAUGACUCAGCUAAAUCAGACUUUAGGAAAAAUUGCCAUUCAACAAACAAAUAAAAAUGUUAAAUUGGUAUCACUAGAUGACGCGUUGGGAAUUCUUAUGGUAGGAUUUCUUAGGGGCGGAGUUGGGUUUUUAAAAGGCACUGGAGAAAUAAUAAAGGGAGGUUCCGGAGUGAACAGAGAAGUUCGUGUUGGUGUAACUCAUGCUUAUGUAACCUUUGUCCAAAUAUUGGGUAGCGUUUGGCUAGAGAAGAAUAUGAAAGUUUUUCUCUGCCACAUUUUAUAUUUGGUUGCAAAUCCAAAGGCAGCGUCGUCCCACGUCGAUGCUGUUUAUUCUAGGAAAUGUAUUAAUUUUAUAUUAAGGAGUAUAUUCGGGAAAAUGUUUGGAGAAAAAGCACAAAUAACUGCUUGCAAACAGAUAGCGCAAGUUAUAGUAAAAGAAAUGAACAGCAUCGAUUUUAAUCCGGAAAACGCCAAAGAAUUUAAUCAAGAAACAUUAUUCAGUCAGCAUUUAUUAGUGUGCGCUUUGCAAGAAAUCGGAAGCUUAGUGGUCAGUCUCGGAACAACAGCUCACGAUUUGAUAACUGACCAGUCACUAAAUAUUAUCGAUGUAACUGUCAGUGUGUUAGUUCAUCCUUGUCAAGCAGCCCGGUUAGCUGCAGCUUGGUGUCUUAGAUUUAUCUGUGUUGCGGUGCCUAGUCAAAUAUCACCUCUCCUAGAUCGCUGCGUGAAUGGCAUAGAGCAAUAUCGAACAUCACCAGAAGCUAUAGCGGGAUAUAGUUGUGCAUUAGCAGCCGUUUUGGGUGGGGUGCAAUUAUCUCCUCUCGGUGUGCCCCAUAUGAAAGGCAAAAUCAUUUUUAACACCGCUGAGGAGUUACUCCGCAGUGCCAGUCAAAAUAGUCGAUUAUCAUUGAAUAGGACCAAUGCCGGAUGGCUUUUAAUCGGAGCUAUAAUGAGGUUAGGUGUUCCUGUAGUCCGGGGUUUGUUGCCCCGAAUGUUGCUGCUUUGGAGAAAUUCAUUUCCACGGUCCGCUAAAGAGUUGGAAUCCGAGAAAGCGCGUGGUGACGUUUUCACAUGGCAAGUGACCCUCGAAGGACGUGCAGGAGCCCUAUCAGCCAUGCACAGCUUUUUGCAAAACUGCCCGCAACUUGUUAACGAAGAUACCAAUAGAAGAUUGCUGGCCCCCAUUGAAUCUGCCCUUGUAAUGCUAGCAAACAUAUCAGGAGUUUUAAAAUCUUAUGGGCAACAACUAAAAGCUCCAGCUGCAAUGGUUAGGUUGCGCUUGUGUGAAACGCUCUUACUGCUUCAGCCACACUGUUAUGAAAGUUCCUACACUCACUUGUUGCGAAUGUUAGUUGCCGAAUUCACUCUAACCGAAAAUCCUGCUAAUACCACCACGUCCCAGUUACGUGUGGUUUGUCAUGCAGAUGACUCCGUCAUUUUGGGGACUUGGCUGCAAGAAACUGACCACAGGAAUAUUGAAGACCAGAUGGAACCUAAUCGAAGAUCAGACGGUGAACACUUACAGCCAAAUAGCGCAGCAGGAUCUGGUGCUUUAGAACACGACCCUUGUUGCCUGUAUCGUCAAACACCUUCGAAUGAAAACAUACCCGGUCCCCUGCCACUGGGAGUCGCAGUGAUAGACUUGUCCGUUCUACUAUUUGGUCAAAUCUUCUCGAGAGUAACACAAAAACAUAGGACGCAGAUGAUAGAACAUUUCACAGAGUGUAUUAAGCAUGCGAGAAGCAUUCGACAGGAAGCGGUACAGAUGAAUAUAUUUACCGCCCUAUUGAGCGGGUUUAGGGGCAUGAUUGAAAAUAAAGCAAGUUUGGGACACGAAGAUAUCAAAAAAGCCAUGAUCAAUCUCAUCGUUGGAGCUCUGACCUCACCGAAUUCCAUUUUAAGAUACGCUGCUGGUGAGGCGGUUGGUCGGAUUGCUCAGGCAGUCUCGGAUCCAAAAUUCACCGCCGAGUUAGCUCAGAUGAGUUUUGAUCGGCUUAAGUCUGCCAGAGAUGUGGCUAGUAGAACAGGACACUCUCUGGCUUUGGGUUGCCUUCAUAAAUACGUCGGCGGCAUGGGUUCCAGCCAGCACUUAAAUACCAGCGUUUCUAUAUUGCUAGCUUUGGCACAAGAUCAAACUUCCCCAAUUGUGCAAGUGUGGUCAUUACACGCCUUAUCUUUGAUUGCUGAUUCGGGGGGACCUAUGUUUAGAGGUUAUGUGGAGCCAGCAUUGUCCGUGGUACUUAAACUACUCCUCAACGUACCCGAGUCUUAUAUAGAUGUUCACCAAUGUAUUGGAAAAGUAUUAUCGGCAUUGAUCACGACUAUCGGACCAGAAUUGCAGGGUAAUACUUCCACCAUUUGCAUGGCGAGAUCGUCGUUUCUUUGCGCAUGUGCGAUAAUGCAAGAUCACCAAGAUCCCCUCGUUCAAGCUGAAGCGACCGGUUGUUUGCAGCAACUGCAUUUGUUCGCUCCGAAACAUGUUAAUCUGUCGUCAUUGGUGCCAACAUUGUGCAGGACUCUUUCAAGUAACCAUCUUUUGCUGAGAAAAGCAGCCAUAUCAUGUUUGAGGCAAUUAGCGCAGAGAGAGGCCAAGGAAGUUUGCGAACAUGCUAUGACUUUGGCGAGUGAAAGCCGGGAUCAAAAUAAAACAGUAGAAGGCCUCUUAAUAACCGAAACAGGUCUACCGGGAGUGUUUUUUAGUAUGUUGGACACCGAAACGGAUUUGGGUCUUAUUAAGGAUAUCCACGAUACCAUAAUCAGUAUGCUGCAGGUAUUGGCUGCGAACAACUUGACACAAUGGCUAGGAUUGUGCAAAGACGUAUUGACAGUAGCUACAGUUUCAGAUACCAACAUUGAAGAACGGAUAAUACCUAACGAGCAUGAAGAUAGCGGCGAAGUCGAUGACGACCAAGAAGAGUUUCAUAUGGAAGAUGAGUCUUCCUCUCACCCAGCCGUUCAGCCACGCUGGCCUACUAGAGUGUUCGCGGCCGAGUGCGUUCGUAGAAUUAUUGCGGCCUGUGAAGUUAGUGAAAAAUCAGCCCAUUUCAAUUUGGGCCGUGCCAGAGAAAUGCAAAGGAAAACCGACUUCCUGGUGUUCCACCUAUCCGAUUUAAUUCGUAUGGCGUUUAUAGCGGCCACUAGCGAUUCGGAUCCUCUUAGGUUGGAAGGCCUGAAAACGUUGCAAGAGGUAAUCGAAAAAUUUGCCAAAGUGCCGGAACCAGAAUUCCCCGGACAUUUGCUUCUGGAGCAGUUUCAAGCUCAGGUUAGCGCGGCAUUGCGGCCAGCAUUUUCGCCAGAUACGUCGUCACACGUGACUGCUGCCGCAUGUGAGGUGUGUUCCACUUGGAUCGGAUCAAACGUAGCGAAAGACUUGAACGAUCUAAGAAGGGUUCACCAAUUGCUCGUAUCUUCCCUGGAAAAAUUACAAAAUCGAAAUAAUUCGAACAACAUAUUUUAUAACGAGAGUCUGCUUACUUUAGAAAAAUUAGCGAUUUUAAAAGCUUGGGCGGAAGUUUAUAUAGUGGCGAUGAAAGGAAACGAGUCAACACCUUCGUUGACGACCUCGGAUAGUAACGAUAAUAAUUUCGGCGAGUUCCAGUUUAAAGGGGAAAAUUUACUAACACUGGUGCAACCAGAAUUGGUGACUUUAUCGCAGCACUGGUUAUCAGCGCUGAAGGAUCACGCAUUGCUAUCAUUGCCUAAUGAAUUUUCGAGUCAGCUGCCCCAUGAUGGUGGCGCGUUUUACACCAACGAAACUAUGGAAUCUUCCAGGCCUCACUACGCAAAUUCCUGGCCUCCGAUUUUACACGCUGCCGCUUUAUGGCUCAACUCGAAAUGUUUCCAUCCCACUCCUGAGGAGAUCAAUAACGACAACGUGCUUAAUAAUAACCUUUCGGAUUCGUACGAUAAGUUUCACCUUCUAUUCGGAAUUUGUAUGGAAGCUUUGUGUAGUCCCCGAACGGUGGAGCCACUGGAGAGUGUCGUGACAUGCUUGCAGUCCCUUUACACACUUCUAAACGCACCGAAUUGUAGGGAGUUUUUAAUGUCCGAUUCCUCUUUGGGCAUCGAGUUGUGCAACGUAUUACACAGACUGAUUUUGACCAGGGACAGCCACGAUUGCCAGCUACUCUGCUUAGAAGUUUUGAAGCAUGUGUUGAGAGCUGCGCAGGAAUAUUUAGACGCGAGCAGAAGUCAACAAACGGAUGCAACUUCGAAAGGUAACUUAGGGGAAGGCUUGGAAUCUGGCGAAUUAAUUCCAGGAAAGUCGUUAGUGUUUGCGGUAUUGGAGGUUUGUUUAUGUUUAAUCAUCAGGCAGCUGCCUUCGCUCAGCCCCACUCCAAAUUCCACCAUAAUAAACUCGUUAAAAGUGAUGCAGAGUAGUGAGGAAUCCGGUCAACUAUUGGCGUCCGCCAUUUCCUGUAUGGAAAAUUUGCACAAACUCUGUUCUCCCAAAGGAGCGGUGUCUAUCCUGCCCACAGUUUUGUAUUUGACUACCGGUAUUAUUAAGGAAAUCGCCACUAAAAGUGUCGACGACAACACUAUAUUAGCGAACAAUCCUGCUAUCCAGAACGGGUUGCAUUGUUUAAAAGUACUGGCGACCGACCCUUAUAGCGAACACGAAGAGAUUUCUCGUGACUGGCAAAAGUUGCUUCAAAGUUCUUUAGCGAAAAUCAUCGAUUUGGCGAAAACUGGAACUGACGAGCAUUCCAAAUUGGACGAAGUCACUAUGAUGUUGGCUAUCGCGGUGUUUGUGCUCCACGCUCCAGCAAAUGUGGUUACUGUGGUAAACUUGCAGUAUCCAUGUAUCAAUCACUUUCGACAGUGCUUGCAAAGUUCCAAUACUGCGGUGAAAUUAAAAUGUGUCAAAAUGCUUAAGUCGCUUUUCGCUCACCCAGACAGAACUGUGGCGACUCCAUAUAUCCACACAUUAGCCCCACAGAUUGUAGAAUCUCUUUAUUCUGAUAGUUCGAAGAAAAUCGUGUCUGAGGGCGAGCUCUUGGUUACGGUGGAAAUGAUUUGCACUGUCGAGUCUUUAAUUAAUUUGGCAGAACCACAGAAUAGAAAUUCCAUGCAAGGAAUUCAGAUGCUGACACUGCUUGUCCCAAUAUUGGUGAGUUAUUUAUUGGUAGAACCAAUUAUACGAUCUGCCAGUAAAUACGCCAUCUCAUUGCACGAAAUUAGUCUCCAAAAAUUGAUGAAGAUUGGACCUUCAUAUCCGCAGGAGUUCAAGCAGUUGAUGAGUCAGUCCGGAGACCUUAGGGCUAAAUUGGAAGUGGCCAUAAGAGGGAGCCAGCAGAAUAAUCACAAAAACAAAAACGACAUCAAUUUAACACAGGCCGUGCCUAAUCAUACUCCGACUAUUAAGCUUAAAACGGAUUUUAGUAAUUUUUCGUAAAAGUUUAGAUGAUUUUAUCCUACAAUUUGAUGAACUGGAUGUUAUAUUGAGGGCUAGUUUUAGUAAGUUAGCCAUUAUGUAAAAUCGACUUCUAUAAUCGUCAUUAAUUUUAUCAAUCCUCUUGAAGCAUAGCGUUCUAACAGUUCUGAGGUUGCAUUUAUAUCGAGGGGUAAAUCACCAGCCAAAUGAUACACUACAUUUCAAACAACCAAAUGAUUUUGCAGAUUUCACUCAAAAUUUCACUGAUUUCGGAUUUCACAGAUUUUGAAAAAUGAUUUUGUGUUAUAUUCUGUCGUAAUUAAAAAAACUAUUACGGUACAAAAAGAAACUUAAGUGCUCAAUGAACGAAUAUAAAUUUUCAGAAUGAUGCAGAAAAAUAAUAAUUUCAAAAUCUUGUUUCUUCUCUUCGAUUAUUAGUAUGGGUUGAUGAAAGAAAUUAAAAUUAAAGGCAGUGAAUAUAUUUAUUAUGAAUACCACAUAUUUUUUUUAUCUGUGAAUCCCUUCAGCGAAUAUUUGAAAAAAAGAAGUUAUACCUAUGGCCUUGUAGCACUCUUGUAGUUAACAACUGCCAUUUGUCAAAAUUCAUUAAGGUGCAGCCAAACGUAACACCUAUAAAUAACGUAAAAAUAGUUAUUGAAUCACAUAUUGGCAUUUUUUUUAAUUAAUUUAUUUAUUGUUUAAAGAUAAUUUAACAAAAAUCUUAGAAAUACGCUAUGAUUUCACAGAUUUCACGCGUGACUUACUCCUCAAUUUUCACCAAGUGUAAAUUUUUUUUUGGGACAUAUAAUGGAUAUCCCUUUUUUUAGGUUUACCCUGUUACUUGAAACUUUUUUGUCGCUAUUUUGAAGGAAUGAAGGGUAUCUUGUAAUCUCAACUGUGGUCUCAACCAUUUGUAAUUUAUUGUCGAAAGUUGUUCAACUGGUGUCUUUGAGUCCAGAGCAAUAAAAAAAGGGCAAUUAAAUUUGAAUAAAAAUUAAAACGGCAAUUUUUUUUUUAACAUUAAAUGAAAUACAUAACGGUUUUUGGAAAACAAACAGUUUACUAGAACUUUGACAAGCAAAGUGACAUUGGGUGACAGUUGAUACUAACAUUUCUAUGCAUAUACAUCUGUCAUCGUUAAGUCUAGGUAAUUUAUAAAACAGGUAAUAUAAUUAAAAACUAUGUUGAAAAUAGGUUUAAUAGGGGUGAAUUACUUCGAUCUAACUGAUCUCUAAAGCUUCAAAAAUUUAAUUUGUGCCCUUUGUUUCCUAACAAUUCCGUUUGGAAUAAUACAUUUAAUUAAAAAAAAGUUUAUACACAGCCAAUAUUGAUUUUUUGAAAUUAGUUCUCCUACAGAAUUAUUCCAAGUGGCAAACUUUUUAAGUAAAUGCAAUUUAAAAAUAGAUUUUAAAACUUUCUUUAAGACAAUAAAAUAAAAAUAAUAAAAAUUAUGUAAUAAAUGUUUGCACAAAAACUUAUAUCAAAAUUUUUAAAUUGUACAUUAGAAAAUAAAAGAUACAAAUUAAAAUUACUUAAAGUUUUAGUAAUAAACAAAUUAAUAGAUUUAAAUAUCAUUUUAAAUUAUCAAUUUGAUCUAAAUAACGCACCCUUAUUAAACAUAUAUUCAGCCUAAUUAAUUAUAUUAAUUGUAUUACCUGUUUAGCGAUAGUUUACCCUCCUUUUAUAAGUUACCUAGGCCCAACAAUAAUAGAUUUUGUCUAGAUGUUAUUUUGAAAAAAUACUGGUAAAAACCAUUAUGAAUCUAUUUAUUUAUUUUUAUUAUAAAUCAGAAUGACAUUUUAAAAGAUAGGAUGUCGGAGCUUGUGAAAUGUCCCAAUGUGUUAAUCAUUUUCAUCCUCCUAGUUUAUGGACGAUCCCUUAUUAUUUACAGGGACAAAGAGUUAUUAAUAACUAGUCUUUAACAAAUAACCUCUUCUAGCACUAAAAAAAUGUAAAAUAAUAUAUUUAAGUUUAUUAAUAAAAUUAGUUGCCCAGGCAGAUGAGUAUUUAAUGAGUUUUGGUUAACUUGCCAUCGUUUAUCAUGUAAUAUAAUAGACUGAAUUCAUUUGUAUCAUGAAAGAAGCAACUUUUUAUACUUUCGAAAUAUACUACGCUCUAUUUUAAAUUUAUUUAUUGACUGAUCUAUUAGAGAAAAGUCGCUUUUACACUUUUUUGUUAAUAGAUUUUUUAUAGAUGCUAUGUAAUUUAUCUACCCUAUUUUUAAUUUAUAUAUGUAGAAGGUUUUAUAGGUGGUU